AUGACAAAUAUAUUUCGAAGUGAAGAAAUGACAUUAUGUCAAUUGUAUUUACAACCUGAUGCUGCUUAUUCUUGUAUAUCGGAAUUAGGUGAAUUAGGAAUUGUUCAAUUUCGUGAUUUAAAUCCAAAUGUCAAUGCAUUUCAACGAAAAUUCGUAAAUGAAGUUCGACAAUGUGAAGAAAUGGAACGAAAAAUUCGUUUUCUUGAAAGUGAAAUCAAAUCUGAUGAAAUCCCAAUCCAGGAUUCCAAAGAAUAUCCCGAUGCACCAAAACCUCGUGAAAUUAUUGAUCUCGAGGCAGUUUUGGAAAAAUUAGAUAAUGAUAUAAAAUUAAUCAAUACAAAUGCUGAUGCACUUUUUAAAAAUUUUUAUCAAUUAACCGAAUUAAAACAUAAUUUAGCUAUGACAGAAGGUUUUUUCAAUGAUACAAGUCAUCCAAUUGUAUUUGAUAGUGCAGAUGAACUUACUAGUGGAUUAAUCAAUCCAAAUGUAUCAACAGGUGGUAGUGAAAUGAAAUUUGGAUUUGUAAGUGGAGUUAUUCCACGUGAACGAUUAAUUGCAUUUGAACGAAUGUUAUGGCGUGUUUCUCGUGGAAAUGUUGUUUUAAAAUAUUCUGAUAUUGAUGAAUUAAUUGAAGAUCCUAAUACACUAACAAAAAUUCAUAAAUCAGUAUUUGUCGUUUUUUUUCAAGGUGAACAAUUAAAAAAUCGUAUUCAAAAAAUUUGUGAAGGUUUUCGUGCAAAUAUUUAUCCAUGUCCAGAUGAUCCAAAUGAACGUCGAAAUUUAACAAUGAAUGUAAUGACACGUUUAGAAGAUUUAAAUAUUGUUCUUCAUCAAACACAAGAACAUCGUCGAAAUCUUUUACUUGAAACAGCUCGAUCAAUUAAAAUAUGGAAAAUCAAACUUACAAAAAUUAAAGCGAUUUAUCAUACAAUGAAUAUGUUUAAUAAUGAUGUGGCGAAAAAAUGUUUUAUUGCUGAAUGUUGGGCACCUAAUUCACAAUUAGAAUUAAUUCGAUUAUCAUUAGCAAAAGGAUCAGAAAUAAGUGGAAGUGGAGUAGGUACAUCAAUUCUUUAUCAAAUGGAAAGUCAAGAAAAACCACCAACAUAUCAUAAUUUAAAUAAAUUUACACAAGGUUUUCAAAAUUUAGUUGAUGCAUAUGGUGUUGCUACUUAUAGAGAAAUUAAUCCAAUGCCAUUUGUUUUAAUAACAUUUCCAUUUUUAUUUGCUGUGAUGUUUGGUGAUGCUGGACAUGGACUUAUUGUUACUGCAUUUGCUCUUUGGAUGGUUUUAAAAGAAAAUUCACUUAAAGAUAAAUGGAGAAAUCAAGAAGUUUGGACAAUAUUUUUUGGUGGAAGAUAUAUUAUUUUAUUAAUGGGAAUAUUUUCCAUUUAUACUGGUCUUAUUUAUAAUGAUGUCUUUUCAAAAUCUAUUAAUAUUUUUGGAUCAUCAUGGAGAGUUGGAUUUGAUGAAAAAACAUUACUUAAAUCGGAUUCAGUAAUGUUAGAACCAAAUCCUCAACCUUACAAUGGAACAACAACAUAUAAACAAAUGUAUAGUGGAAAUCCAUAUCCAUUAGGUCUUGAUCCGAUAUGGCAAUUAGCUGAAAAUAAAAUCACAUUUACAAAUUCUGCUAAAAUGAAGUUUGCAAUUAUUAUUGGUAUAACUCAAAUGAGUUUUGGUGUAAUACUUAGCUUAUGGAAUCAUAUAUAUUUUCGACAUUAUUAUGCCGUAUUUUUAGAAUUUUUUCCGCAACUUAUCUUUUUAAUGUGCAUAUUUUUUUAUUUAAUUAUUUUAAUAUUUUAUAAAUGGACACAUUUUCAAGCAGUCGAUGCAACAACAGCACCAGCACUUCUUAUUCAUUUAAUUAAUAUGAUGUUAAUGUCUUAUCCAGCAAAUGAUUCGAAAACUCCUCAAAGUUCUUUAACAUUUUAUAGUAGUCAAAAAACUGUCCAACAAGGCUUAUUAUUUGUUGCACUUCUUUGUAUUCCAUGGUUACUUGUUGGAAAACCAGUUUAUACAAUUAUUAAAAAUAAAAAUAAAAAUAAACAUCCACCAAGUUUACCUAAUGGUGUUGCAAGCAAUGAUAUUGAAAUGAAUGUUCCUAGUCAUCAUCCAGAGGUUGAUAUGAGUGAAGUCUGGGUUGAACAAGGAAUUCAUACAAUCGAAUAUUUUCUUGGUUGUAUAUCUCAUACAGCUUCUUAUUUACGUCUUUGGGCACUUUCAUUAGCUCAUGCACAAUUAUCUGAAGUCUUAUGGCAUAUGGUAUUACAAAUUGGAUUAUCGAUGAAUGGUAUAGUUGGUGGAAUAGGAAUUUUUAUUGUAUUUACAGUCUGGUCAUCAUUAACUGUAUUUAUAUUACUUUUAAUGGAAGGUCUUUCUGCUUUUCUUCAUGCACUUCGUCUUCAUUGGGUUGAAUUUCAAUCAAAAUUUUAUAAAGGUGAAGGUUAUCCAUUUGUUCCAUUUUCAUUUAAAACAAUUUUUGAUGAACUUCCACCAGCAGAUGCAUAA